AUGCAUGGUCUCGCUCUUCUUGCCGCCGGUGCGGCCCUCCUCUCUGGAGUUGCAGCCCACCCGGAGCACGAAAUCUCCUCGUCGGAGCUGAACCGCCGCUCCGUGCUGUCCAGGCGCUGCGAGUCCUCGGUUGCGGCCAUGAACAAGCGCCGCUGGGCCAAGCGUAACGAGAAGCGUGCCGUCUCGGGUAACGCCACCUGGAACAUCGUUACCGAGUCUCCCUACUACGAGACCAUCCAGAACGAUACCUGCGUCCUGUCCGAAGACAUCACCGCUGGGCCGUACAUCUGGCCUCAGAGUCAAACCCUCCGCCAGGACAUCCGUGAGGGUGAGCCCGGCGUGCCAUUCAUCCUCGACAUUGGUGUCUUGGACGUUGAGACCUGUGAGCCUCUGCCUGACGUGCUUGUCGACAUCUGGCACUGCAACGCCACCGGCUCCUACAGCUCCUUUACUGCCCUCAGCCCCAAUACUCCCUUCGAGCAGCUCCUGAAGGAGCUCAACAAGACCGCUACCGAUGACCUACACACCGACACCACUACCUUCCUGCGCGGGAUCUGGCCCACCAACAGCGAAGGCAUCACCGAGUUCACCACCAUCGUGCCGGGGUUCUACGUGGAGCGCACGCUGCACAUCCACGUUCAGGUGCACGAGAACUACGUGAUCCGGGGCAACGGCACAGUGGCCUCGUCGAACACCAUCUCGACUGGUCAGCUGUUCCUUGCCGAGGACGUGAGCCAGCAGCUGAUGGCGCUCGAGCCGUACGUCACCCACACACAGAUCAACCGCACCACCAACGUCGUCGACUCCAUCUACGCCGACCAGGCCGUCAACGGAUACGACCCCAUCGUCUCGAUUGAGCCCCUGGACGGCGAGAAUAUCGAGAACGGCAUCGUUGGCUACAUCACCAUUGGCGUCGACAGCGCUUCCAAGAAGAAGCUCAAGCGAAGCCUCAAGCACUAA